UUGUAGCUACUGAUUGAAACAUAUCCAACACAGGUCACUUUUGUCAUAGGGAUGAUUGAAUAAUAAUAGAAAAAUAACAAUGUAAAACCUCCUGAAGGAAAAACAAGUUGCUGAACUAGGUUCUAUUUCUGGAACCACCUUACUUUUCGGUUGCUGGUGUGAUUUAACCAACCUGCAUAUUGCGAUAUGACAUCAGUAUGAUGAUUAUGGUCACACCACUUAUCAAAGUCUGAACGAACAAAGAUAUAUAACAUGACGUUGUCUCAUUUUAGAGAAUCCUACUGUGUGCUAUCCACAAAGAAUACCCAUGUCUUAUUGCUCCAAGUUGAGAAUAAGGAAACCAGAACAGAGAUAUCAUAGACGAUAAAACACACACACACACACACAUGGAGAAUCCUAGCAUCAAAACAGAUACGAAAACUAAUACCCAGAAGAACGCUGGUCGCCACGGUCGUGCAAGAAAAGUUAGCAAUUCCAGUAUUGAAAGUGAUGUUGUUAUAAUAGGAAGUGGAUUAGCUGCUAGUUUGAUGCAUGUACAGCUUUGGUUCAAACGAAGGAAGAAGCACAAUCACAAGAAUCGACACAAGAAGUCCAAACAGACUCAUACGAAUCACACAUUGGAAAAUGUUGCUAUUGAUUCAGAAACAUAUUAGACAAUAUACCAAAAGGUGAGGGAAAGGUUGCAUGAAUCUUCAUUUUGCAGCAAUAAUGGCGACGAGAAAAACACCAGGCUUCCAAUAAUGGUUAAUAGGAGAUGUUUAGAUUAGAAAGCAUACCACACAAUAAACAGACGAAUCAACCU